AUGACAAUACACAAAUUACAAUAGAGAGAUGCCUCAUUUAGAUUGGAAAUAGCAAAACUUAAAAUAUAAUUAAAUGAAAGAGAUCAUGAAUAUAAAUUAGCUCUAGAAGAAUUAUAAGAAUUAAAAAGAAUAUAACAAAGAGUAUUUUUCAUAAUUUAUAUAAAGGAUAAUCAAUAUAUUAUGAAGAUAGACAAUUAUGUAAUGAACUUAAGAUCAAAAUUACAUAAAGCAAACAUUUAAAUAGGUUCUCUAGAAUCAAAAUUAUCAACUUCAAGGGCUAAAGAGAUAGUUUAAUUAGAAGAUAUAUCAAAUCAUAAUGAAACUUUUUAAACAGAAGUGUCAAGCAUUUCAACUCAUCAACCAAUUAUUUAAUACUAAUCUAAUCAUUCCAAUUAUGCUUUUAAUAAACCAAAAUUAAUUUGUAAACCUAAUAAGUUUUAAAUGCCAUAACCUAAUAAAAGGUUCACAGAGGAUUAGGAUAUUAAUGAUAAUUGUUUAUUUAUUAAACCAAGCCCAUUAUAAGAAUAAAUUUUAAAUAGAAUUCUAGAUGAUUAAGAACUCUCUUCCAAUUUAUCCUAAAAAUUAGUUUAAUUCUAAAGUGACGCUUAAAAUUAAUAAAAACAUUAAAAAUAACCUUUAACAUUUAUUUGCAAUUCGAGACAAAGUAACUUUAGUUUUGCGAAUAGUGAAAAGAAACCUACAAAUGUUGAUAAAAAUGCUAAAGGAUCAAAUAGAUAAUGUAAUUUUUAAUUUAUACAUAGACCACUCUGUUUCUAUAGAUGAUAAAGAAAACGUAUACCAAUAUUGUAAUUGA